CCUAGAUAUAUAUUGUCUUUUUCCUAAGGGAAUAGUAGGACAUUUUACCUCCAGCCCUCUCUCCAUUAAUUCAAUAAUUCCAUUCAACCAAAAUGCGGUAUUCAUUCACUAUCACGGCUCUGAGCCUCCUCUCGUCGGCUUUUGCCAUCACUGUAACCACUCCGUCGUCGAACACGGUGUGGGAUUUCUCUACCCCCAAAACCAUCAAAUUCACUAGCAGCUCUAGUGAUCCUUCUGUAAUCAGCAUUAUCCUCCGAAGUCAGGAUGGCUCCUUCCAGACCAAAUUGGCGGAUAACGUCAAGACCUCUGAUGGCGAAUACACGACCCAGCCUAACCCUAGUAUUUCCAACGGAAAUGACUACGAGAUUCAGAUAAUUGAUUCGGCUGGCCAACUUGCCGUCAGUGACAUUUUCACUGUCAAGAAGGGCGGUUCGACUGAUGGUACUACAAUCUCGUCCUCUUCUACAAUCUCUUCUUCCACCAGCACCUCCUCCUCCUCCUCUACUUCUUCUUCUUCCUCGACAUCCACUACUUCUUCUUCCUCGAUAUCCAGUACAGCCACUUCUACAUCCGUCUCCUCCACGCUUACAUCCUCGGCGUCGACGAGCUCUCCAUCUUCCUCAGGCUCCAGCACUACCUCUUCCUCUUCUACCUCUUCUUCCACCUCUUCGGAGACAUCAUCCACUAGUGCCUCCGCGACCGCUGUGCACUCGAAUGGUGCUGGGUUGUCUCAGUUCAGCGCUCCUAAGGGAGUCAUGGCUGUACUCGGUGCUACUCUCGCGUUCUUCUACGUCUGAAUCAUGUCCAUCAGACAGUAUUGUGACUGAAUUUUGUUUACAAUCGUCGUUUGAGACACGCUGAAUGAGGGACGAUAUGUGUCACUAGUCUGUUGAAUUUUUUUUUUUUGAAAUAUUGUGUCGGUUUAGAGUAUAGACUAGUAAACUAUUAUUUAUUGUGAGAGGGUGAUCUUCGUAUGCUAAGUUGAGUUGAGCGAUCCCGCUAGUGCGCAUAGGGUAGUUGUUUGGCCCGGCCGGUAUAGACCCAUGCUUCCGAGCUACAUCCAAAUGGAAUAGUGUCGGCUCUAGUACUUCGAGG